AACAGCUUUUUGACGUCUGCUACUACUGUAACUGGGAUUUUAUCUGUUGGUAGGAGGCUGUUUCAUGCAGCAAGCUGACCCAACGGUAACCCUGGAAGGCUAACUACGCCGCCUCUUGUAUAGUGGUACAUUGAUGUUACUCCUUUUCAAGCAUUGCAUUGGGUGAUACUCAUCCUCAGAUAUCAGACCGAUAUCUCCUGUCUUCAAUUCCUCAAAACUUCCCUCACUAAGAAAUCUAGCACUAUGACGCCUCCGGUUCUGCCUUGGUGCAUUAUCGCUUACCAGUGGGCGAUUCAUUUUCGACUGGUCAACGCAUCCUUACAAUGCUACUAUCCAAAUGGCGAAAAGGCUGAUGGUGAUUCUCCUUGCAAUCCUGACGCCGAUGCCAGCUUUUGCUGUGGCUCCUCGUCGGAUAAUUCGUGCCUGAAUAACCUUCUGUGUCAAGAUGGCAUAGGAAGGGUUAUUCGUGGCUCCUGUACCGACCAGUCCUGGACCGAUCCAGCCUGUCCAAAAUAUUGUCUCAGCUUUAAUACCGGAGGCGAAGAUUUAAUACCUUGUAACAAUGUUACAAAUGAUCAUAUCUCAUAUUGUUGCAAUGGUGCUAUUGCAGAUUGUUGUGACUCGGGAGAUGGUCGUUUUGACGUUUUCCCGUAUCCCACGUUGAUUAUUGCCUCCUGGAAUUCGGCUUCAAAAGAAUUUCAAGUCCUUCCUGGUGCUUUCAGUACCAGUUCAUCAUCGCCGUCAAUCAUGCCAACCUCAACAAGCUCACUAACAACUACCGUAGCUUUCUCAACAACUUCAUCAGCACCAAUGAAUACAGUAACUUCGCCAAGUACAAUACCGGAUCAUACCAAAAACGACUCUGAACUCAGCCAAGGUGCGAAAAUUGGCAUUGGGGUUGGUGUAGGGGGUGGAGUCUUGCUGGCAGCUUUGUUGGCGUAUUUAAUCUGGAGAACUCAUAAAACCCACAGCGCGGUAAAGCAGCAGCAAAACCUUAACUUACAUUCACAUCCACCUAGCACCAUGAUGAUGGAUAACGGUCUCCCACAAUCAUAUGCACCGUCAUAUUACCAAUACAAGAGUCCCAGUUUCUCACCUGCUACCCCAGCACAGCUAGUUGCCGAUUCAGAGAUAUCCUCCGAGAUCAGAACAUAUGAAUUACCUACACACUCCAGUUGAGAUAGCAAAGUGUUCUGAGUUUAGUAAAGGAAAUUUCAUUUUUACCUUUUCAAUAUGUCGGAUGCGAGGUUGCGUUUUCGAAUUUGAUGUUUCUGAACCUUCGGCUUCUUAAUUCGUUCGCCCCUGCACGCGGUCCUAUCAUCACACUUUAUUGUUCCAUUUUUGUCCAAUAACAGCAUGAUGUUUAUGUACAUACACCUCAUUCAGUAUAUUCAAGUAUACCAAGUGCCUGGUAUGCACAUAAUUAAGUCAAUAUACACUAAGCUAAUAGGA